AAGAUGGCAUCAGGCAGGGCACGCUGCACCCGAAAGCUCCGGAACUGGGUGGUGGAACAAGUGGAGAGCGGGCAGUUCCCAGGGGUAUGCUGGGAAGAUAAAGAAAAGACCAUGUUCCGGAUUCCCUGGAAGCAUGCGGGGAAGCAGGACUUCCGGGAAGACCAGGAUGCUGCCUUCUUCAAGGCUUGGGCAAUGUAUAAGGGAAAAUACAAGAACGGGGACAUGGAAGGCCCUGCGACCUGGAAGACUCGCCUGCGUUGUGCCCUCAACAAGAGUCCUGAAUUUGAAGAGGUUCCUGAGAGGGGCCGAAUGGAUGGGCCUGAACCCUAUAAGGUGUAUCGGCUGCUGCCACAAGGAACCCUCCCUGGUUCCACAGCUCAGCCAGAAAUCCAGAAAUCACCAUCAAAGCGACACCAAAGUUCUGUGUCCUCUGAGAAGGAGUUUGAGGGCAUCGUGAAAAAGUGCAUACUCAGUCCCUCCCUGCCGCAGGACCCCCUCCAAAGGGAGGAGGUGGAGGCCGAUGGGGGUGUGGGCUGCUCUGACUUUGGAAGUAGCAGCAGCAAGAGCAGCAGUAACAGCAAGAGCAGCAGUAACAGCAGCAGCAGCAGCAGCAGCCCUGAGCCUCAGAAAGGUGCAGACACAAUCCAAGCCUUUCUCCAAAGAGAUGAAGCAUGCCUGGAGCUUCUGCUUCUUCCAAAGUCAGAAUCUCAAGCUGAGCAAGAGGACUGCUUGCAAGAGACGGUGCUGUGGGACCCUUCUGUGUCCAUCGACUACUCACUGCUGCUCACCUUCUUCUACAAUGGGCGUAAGGCAGGGGAGGCCCAGGUGCAGAGCCUGGACUGCCGCCUGGUGGCUGAGCUCUUAGAUAACCAGUGUGGCAUAGAGCAGGUGCUGUUUCCCAAGCCAGGCCCAAAAGAGGCUGCCCAGCGCCUGCUGAACCAGGUCGAGAGAGGUGUCCUGGUGGCCAGCAACUCCCAAGGCCUCUAUGUAAUGCGCCUUUGCCCAAUCCCCAUCUCCUGGAAUGCGCCCCAGGCCCCAUCAGGCCCAGGCCCACAUCUGCUCCCCAGCAAGGAGUGUGUCAAGCUCUUCACAACCGCCUGUUUCCUCAGAGACUUCGAGAGGUUCUCCCAGGGCCGGGGUCCACCACCCAAAUUCCAGGUGACACUGAACUUUUGGGAGGAGAGCCCUGGCCCCAGCCAUACCCAUGAUAACUGUCUGGUCACAGUGCAGAUGGAGCAGGCCUUUGCCCGACACUGGCUGAAGGAGACUAAGGAGGAGCAGGCAGCCACACUAUCCUUGGUGCAGAGCUUGGAGGACCCCCCUUCCUCCUCUGCUCUCUUCUCCCUAGCUCCUUUGAGUGAGACUGUUUAUACUCCCUGUUCACCUGCCCGCCUCGGUGACAGUUCUCAGUGUUUUCUAUAAUCGUUACGUCCCUGAACUCCUCAUGUACCCUGGCUGGUGGGAAACUCAAGGUUGACUUUUACCCUUAUAAAAAAAAAAUAUUGAAAUAUGCCCUCUUUCAUCUCUGAGGACCUGGGAAAGUCGAGAUGGUAUGAACUCAGGGGACUGUUUCCUCUUAUCCCAAGUCUGAAGGCAAGCACUUUAUAUUCGUCUUUCACUAAGACUUAAAGUAAAUUUUAUUGAAAGUGAAACUGUUAUCUGUCUUUUGGGAGAAGAAGGGAUCGCAGGAUGAUGAGAAGAUACACACUUGAGAGCAGGGCAUUUGGCAUCUCUCCCUGUGGACAUCUCUGGGCCUCAACUUCCCCCUCCCCACAGGAUGUGGCCAGGAAGCUGUCUGGGCUCAGGGGGUUCUGACCCUGACUCUACCCUGUAGGUACCAGCUUUAGGGAGAAGGUUGGUGUUUGCAGCCAAGAGGGGUGCUGAGCCUGUAACCAGCGUCACAGGGAAAACCUGGGUGCACAUUUCUAUGCUAGAGCCCUCUAAUUUGGCCUUUACAACAGGCCUAGGGCUGGACACGGGACUGGAGUCUAAAAGGAGAGCUUGAACUUGGCCUGAAACUAUGGAGCAGAGACCCUGGGGCCUGGAGGUGGAGUGGAAAUUAGGGAAUUGUCUAGACAUGCUGUGCCGGGGGCAGAUGGGAUCUGGUGCCUCUUUUUUUAUUUUUUUAAAGAUUUAUUUAUUUAUGCAUACAAGAGCUGGGGUACAGGCCAGAGAUGCGGGGGGGUGAGAGGAUUCACCAGAGACAGAGUGGGGAAUAGAACAGGCUGACUGACUGAAAUACACUGCUGAGGGGAGC